AUGGCGCAAUCAACAAUUGCGGAUAAGCAAAUCACGCCAAAGGGUAUAAAACCGCCAACAGCACGGUCUCUGCAACAUGAUGGUCAUGCUUCUUCCGAUGAUUCUACCCAGCAGAAAUUUGUGACCUCGCUCCAACCAGAACAUGUGUCCCCUCGUGAUCAACUAGAAGUAUAUUCUGUCUUCAACAAAAGCGAAAAACGUAUAGCAGUUUUUCUUGUUACAUUUGCUGCGACAUUCUCCCCCUUGUCCUCGUUCAUUUUCUUCCCUGCCAUAAAUGCGCUAUCUGCUUCGCUCAAAGUCUCAGUGGAGCGAGUCAAUCUCACGGUCACGUCCUACAUGAUAGUCGCUGGACUCGCACCCGCAAUUGUUGGCGACCUGGCCGAUAUGACGGGAAGACGGAACGUUUAUCUGCUCACUCUGUUCAUUUAUGCUAUAGCCAAUAUAGGGCUAGCGGUGCAGAGUAGCUGGAUAGCACUGUUCUUGUUAAGGAUGGUGCAGAGUGCUGGUGGUGCUGCGACUAUUGCGAUGGGCUACGGCGUAAUCUCCGAUAUUGCUCCACCUUCUGAACGUGGCGGUUAUGUUGGAGUGGUACUUUUAGGUCCUAAUUUCGCUACUGCGAUUGGCCCAAUCCUAGGGGGAGCCCUGACUGAAGCUCCCGGGUGGCGCUGGAUAUUCUGGGUUCCCGCCAUAGCCUCUGGGAUCUGCGUUUUGGCCAUCGCUUUUUUCCUACCCGAAACAUCGCGUUCCAUCGUCGGAAAUGGUUCACAGCCAGUUUCUGCGCUUCAUCGUCCCCUAUUUAGAUGCUUCGGGUCAGACAAGCUCCAAUCCUUGCCAGCCCAAGAUAUUGCACAUCCCACUUCGCGAAAAUUCCGAAUUCCAAAUCCUCUGGCAACCCUAAAGAUUCUCGCGGCUAGGGACACUCUCCUCAUCACUGCCAUAUAUGGCAUCUAUUACAUGAAUUUCAGCUGUCUUCAAGGCUCUCUAUCAACUCUAUUCAUUGAUAUCUAUGGGCUUUCAGACCUGAAAGCAGGAAUAGUAUAUCUCCCGUUCGGUGUCGGAUCCUGUGUUGGCGCGUACUGCUCAGGCAAAAUCAUGAAUCGCGACUACCGUCUCACGGCGCGUGCUCACAACAUGACAAUAGACGCCACGCACGGCGAUGAUCUAACAGUGUUUCCAAUCGAAAAGGCACGAUUCAGGAGUAUAUGGUACUCUAUCUGUGCCACGGGUAUUGCAACCACCGGUUAUGGGUGGACAUUACACUCCACCGCUCAUAUGGCCGCUCCGCUCGUGCUACAAUUCAUAAUAGGAUUCGCGAUAGCGAUCACUUUCAAUUGCUGCGGUACUCUCCUCACGGACCUAAACCCUAAAUCCCCGGCUGCCGCGCAGGCGGCCAACAAUAUAGUUCGUUGCUCACUUGCGGGUGCAGGCCUCGCUUUUCUCCAACCUUGUUUGGAUGCAAUGGGGCCGGGUUGGACGUUUACAUUGUUCGGUGGACUAUCCAUGGCUUGUCUGGGCUUGGCGUGGUUGGAGUGGAAGUAUGGGAAGGCUUGGAGACAGCAGCAAGGCCAAGACACAGCAGUGUCUGUUUGA